AUGGCUCAUUGUGAAUAUAAGUAUGUGUUCUUGAUCAUGAGCAGAAUGAAAAAUAAAGAGGAGCCAUCAGAUGAAGAACACAGCAGACGAGGAGAUGUGGAAGAUGACCAUAGGGAAGACUAUGAACUCCUUUUCGAGGAAGACAAUGACUUCGAUUAUUGCGAACAAGAUGAUUAUGAUUAUGAUUAUGGAGAAGAAGAAGAGACAUAUGUCUUCAUGAGAAUCAUUACCGGCUUGGUACUUGUGAGGGCACGGAGGCUGUCAGAGGUACUCUCUUCUUCGAGCGACGUGUGGAAGGAGUGGGAGCUAAGAGGGGCGGUCUUCUUGAGCCUUGCCCUCCAAAUCAUCCUCAUUUGUCUUGGCAACCGUCGCAAGUACGUCCCGGGUGCUUGGAUCAGGGUGGUCACCUGGUCAGCCUACCUAUUGGCCGAUUCAGUUGCGCUCUACGCACUCGGCAUGAUCUCCAGCAUGAUCAAUGAUAUCAAGGCUGACAAAUUGAUGAGUAAGAUGGACCCACACGUAGAGCUAAGCGUGUUUUGGGCGCCAUUUCUGUUGCUGCACUUGGGUGGCCCCGACACAAUCAGCUCCUACGCCAUGGAAGACAACGAGCUCUGGCUCAGGCACUCGCUGACGCUAGUGUACCAGACAAUCUUGACAGCUUAUGUCUUGGGAAUGGCCUGGACUCGUCCUAGCCUAUCAGUCCCUGCCAUUCUGAUACUGCUCUCAGGUUUCUAUAAGUACAGUGAAAGGGUUUGGGUUCUCCGCGCUGCCAGCAACGAGCACUUCAAGGACUCCCUCACCGAGUCCCAAACCCGCCAGGGGUAUUCCAACAAGAUUAUGGAGGAGUGCGAGUUGAAGGGGGCAGAAGGGUACAACGUUGUGCCUCAUCGAGUCAUUGAGGUACGGGAUGAUGCUAUGAUUAUGAUUGAUGAUGCGAUUGCCCAUCUUUCGUCCGAGGACCAACAACACAAGCGUGUAGUGGGCGCACUGCUAGCAGCCUACAGCUUGGUCAACACUAGUCAGCGCCUUUUUGCGGAUCACUUGUUUAGCUUGGAGGAACGCGACACUUGUCUUUCAAUACUGAGCGGUGAACACUGUGAAGGGGAUUUUAAAGUCAUUGAAAUCGAACUGGGCCUUAUCUACGAUGUGUUCUACACAAAGGCAAAGGCAAUCUAUACAAGUCCGGGCUUUAUUUGUAGACUUGCCAUCUCAUUCGCAGUUUGUGUCACUUUGGUGCUCUUCUCUUUUAGUGACAAGCGACGAUACUCGAACCCGGAUCUAUGCUUGACCUUCUUGUUGCUAGGAGCGGCUGCUUUCCUCGAGUUAUACGCACUGUUUUACAUUCUUUUCUCCGACCGAGUUGCCUGUUGGCUCAUAAAGAAUAAGCAAUUGGCUAUCUUCAAUUUCAUCAACAGAAUCCAACCGCUGUCAAAAAGGCGCAGGUGGUCCAAUUCAAUGGGCCAAUUCAGCCUAAUGAGCUGCUCCUUCAAAGAAAAUGACUCCCGGUGGUGGAGAUUCCUAAAGCUAUUGCACCUUGACGAGAUGACGGUGAAGUUUCUGUACCAAGGUCGCGAGGACGUGACAGAAAAUAUCAGAAAACUAAUUCGGGAGAUGAUAAAACUGAAGGAAGCGAAGGAUAUGCAAAAAUCCCCCUCCUCGUGGACUGUCCCUGAAGGAUUGAAAUGGAGCCUCGAGGCGGACAUCGACAUGAGCAUCCUAGUCUGGCACAUAGCAACGGAGCUGUGCUAUUACCCCGAUUACGAAAAGGACAGUAUUCAGAAGCUAAAUAGAAGUAACCAGACCCAUGUUAUAUACAAGUCCUUGAUGAGUUUGCACAUGUCUCGGUACAUGCUAUAUCUCCUAGUUACGUACCCGUCGAUGUUGCCAGUUGGAAUCGGAAGUAUCAGGUUCAGAGACAUUUACAAAGGGAUCAAGAAGUAUUUUGCCUUGCGUAAAUCCACUCCAGAAAGACCCGCUGCUGGCCCCAACAUCUUGGAAGGAGAUGCCGGAAAGGGGAUAGAGUACAACCCUGAGAUUGCAAAGGCUUGCGAUGUGUUGCGUGGCCAAGUGAAGACCAAAUUCAAUCUGAGCGUGAUGAAGGAGGACAAAGUCAAGUACGUGCUGUUCAAUGGCUGCCGGCUUGCGUCGGAGUUGGAGGAGAUCUCGCCCGAGGAGUCAAAAUGGGAUCUGAUCAGAGUGGUGUGGGCGAACAUGCUGAUCCACGUGGCUAAUAAGUGCAAGGCCAAGGAUCAUGCACAGCAGAUGCGGUGCGGCGGCGAGCUCAUAACCCAUGUCUGGUUUCUACUGGCUCAUUGCGGGCUGACCGAGCACUUCCAGAUACAGCACGCCCCAACAAUAGCAGAGAUGAUAGUGAAUUCCUGGUGA